AUGGCCAACGAACGCUCCGCCCAGGAUGACCGCAACCUCGAGAAAGGUGCCGCUCCGGCUCCAGCCCCAAGCACCGGCUUGCACCCGGCCUUCUACAUUGCUCUGUGGAUCGCCCUGAGCUCCAGUGUCAUCCUUUUCAACAAGUGGGUUCUGUCGAGCGCCAAGUUCAACUUCCCACUGUUCCUGACAACAUGGCACAUGGUCUUUGCUACUGCCAUGACCCAGGGUCUGGCCAAGUUCACCACUAUUCUGGAUUCCCGCCACAAGGUUCCGAUGACCCCAAGCACUUACGCUCGUGCGAUUGUCCCCAUCGGUAUCAUGUUCAGUCUGUCCCUGAUUUGCGGUAACCUGGCCUACCUCUACCUCAGUGUCUCGUUCAUCCAAAUGUUGAAGGCUACCAACGCCGUCGUGACUCUUUUCGCCACUUGGGCCUUUGGUAUCGCUCCGGCCAACUUCAAGACCCUCGGCAAUGUUGGUAUCAUUGUCGUUGGUGUGGUUAUUGCCUCAUUCGGCGAGAUCAAGUUUGAUAUGCUCGGCUUCCUCAUCCAGUGCGGUGGUAUCAUCUUCGAGGCUCUGCGCCUGGUCAUGGUCCAGCGCCUGCUCAGCUCAGCCGAGUUCAAGAUGGACCCCCUGGUUUCUCUGUACUACUAUGCCCCCGCUUGCGCGGUCACCAACGGUGUUGUCACUCUCUUCACUGAUGUGCCCCGCAUGAGCAUGAACGACAUUUACUCUCUCGGUAUCAUGACUCUGAUUGCCAACGCACUGGUUGCGUUCCUCCUCAACGCCUCUGUUGUCCUUCUGAUCGGCAAGACCUCGGCUGUCGUCCUCACCAUGGCUGGUAUCCUCAAGGAUAUCCUCCUGGUCUGCGCCUCCAUGAUGAUCUUCCGCGACCCCGUCACCCCUCAGCAGUUCUUUGGUUACUCCAUUGCCCUGGCCGGUCUGGUCUACUACAAGCUUGGCGCCGAGAAGAUCCAGGCUUUGAGCACCGACAUUCGUCUCCAAGUGGGAGAGUACCGGCGUACCAACCCCGCCCAGGCCAAGGGUAUCGCGAUCGGUGUCGUUGCGAUCAUCGUGCUGUUGGUCCUCUACACCGGGGCCCCAUCUGGCGCCCACUCGACCAACUAA